UGCGUCACACCGCCAAUGGAAUGUCCUAACAAAAAUAUUACCUUUUGGCUGUACACAAAAAGCAACCAGGAUGGCUACCAAGUGGCGGUGAACGACCCCGAGUCGAUCAGCGCCGCGCCGUGGGUGAGGGAUGCGCCUAUCAAGAUCCUGGUCCACGGGUACACGGGCCACCGGGAGUUCUCGCCCAACACGGAAAUUAGGCCCGCUUACAUGCAGUGCUGCAACUACAACAUUAUUUCGGUGGACUACAACCCUAUAGCUCGUGAGCCAUGCUACAUGAGCGCCGCUCACAACACUGAGCUGGUUGGCAAAUGCACAGCUCAACUGAUCGACGAGCUGGUCUCCGCAUAUGAUUUUGAACUCUCAAAGUUCCAUGUCAUAGGAUUCAGUUUGGGCGGACAAGUUGCUGGGUUUGUUGGGAACUAUUUGACAGUCGGCAGAUUGCAUAGGAUCACGGCACUAGAUCCCGCUUUACCAUUGUUUGCGACAAACGACAACACGAAAAAAGUAGACCCCAGCGACGGGUUGUUCGUAGAUGUCCUACAUACUAACGCUCUGGAGAAAGGCAAGCUGGAGGCAUCGGGCCACAUCGACUUCUACGCCAAUGGGGGAAUGACUCAACCUGGCUGCAAGCCCACUGCUGAACAGACAAAAUCCGGCUGUGACCAUGCUAGAGCUCCUGCAUACUAUGCAGAGUCCAUCACCACCGAGAAUGGAUGCUACGGCACCCGGUGCCAGACCUGGAUAGCGUACAUGAUCGGAUGGUGCGAGAUGGUCCACUCUGAAGACGUGCUGUUCGGCGAAUAUGUCCCUCAUAAUGCAUCAGGAAUCUACUUCUUUAGGACCAAUUCAGAUUCUCCGUACUGCAGAGGCCGCAACAAAGGUUCUUCGUACUCUGAACAAAACGACAGACGAUGACAUGAAAACUAUGAAAAGCUUUAAUAAAAUAAAAAAUAUUUAUAUUAUAUCGCAUAGCUAUGCCUGUGAGAGUU